AUAAUCUGAUAAGUUCGGUCCGGAAGGGUGUGCCAAACCGAUGUGGUGUCUUUGGGCGCUAGCACUCGCCGCCAGUCUCUCGCUGGGCUAGCAACGACGCGUAAACAAAAAGAAAGCAGAAUAUCUUGUCAACAUGUCAAUUCUCAAAACCUUGACGCAAACGCGAGCCUUACAUUCAAGGCCUCCUACUCCUGUGUUGUUUGGUGCAGUGGUAGUAGUGGUUUCACCCCCAAAUCGACCAGCCGCAGCCGUCAGCUGUUUUCUUCGUCAGCAAAAGACACCGAUUUGGACCAUCCAGAAACGGACAAUGAACAACAUUACCAACAUUCGGUACGGUCCGCUGCCGCGGGAUUCUCCGUACGUCAAACCGUUCCGUUUCCAUUACACGCAGAAUGGAAAGGAAAAAUCUUGGGAUCUGCUGAAGGUACACGAUUCGGUAUCGAUUAUCAUCUUUAAUGUCACCCGACAGCGGCUCGUUUUUGUCCGGCAGUUCCGUCCAGCUGUUUAUUACAACCUGGUAAGCGCCGAAGCCGGAGACGAUGGUUCGAAAAUUGACAUGCAAAAGUAUCCACCGUCCAUAGCGGUAACAUUGGAGCUGUGCGCUGGCAUUGUGGACAAACCGAUCUCGAUGGUCGAAAUCGCACGGGAGGAGGUGCUGGAAGAGUGUGGCUACAACGUGCCGAUCGAGCGGAUCGAGGAGGUUGUUAGCUACCGGGCCGGUGUUGGAACUUCCGGCGCGCUGCAGGUGCUGUUCUACGCCGAGGUUACCGAUGCGGAUCGCGUUCCGUCGGCCGGUGGCGGUGUGGACGACGAAAUGAUCGACGUGGUCGAGUGCAGUUUGGAUGAAGCUCGGAAAAUGACGUCGAAGGGCAGCAACAUGACCAGCCCGCCGUCGUUUUUGUUUGGCGUUUUGUGGUUCUUGACCAACCGUGCUCCGAAGAUUGAAGCAUAGGAUUUGCGUUUCUUUUUGUUGUUGUUACAUCAUUGCUGGAUAGUUUUUUCACUGAAGCUCGUGUUGAACGUUGAACGUUCAGCCAGGCUCGAUACGUAACUACUGUUUAUUUUAAAAUCACUUUGAUUGCACACAGAGAUAACUGCGAUUUGUUAGAAGAGAUUACUUUUCUCAUAGUGAAUUUAGUAGCCAUCUUUUUCUAGAAUAUUAAUUCUCAAAUACUAACAGAUAAACCACCAAAGCACCACAGAUGAGAUUGUGUAUAAGUAACUAUCCAGUUAUUUUAUUUCUCAAGCACCAGUUUUAUCGGAUUCCUGAUAAGCAAAAGUACAUUUGCUUGUUUUGUUGAUUCCCAUGCAAUAAAAUAUUAUCAUUACUCAGUGAUGGAAAAUUUUGCCACAUGAAUACAUAUAUAGAAAUAGUAAUUGGACGAAUUAAAAGGAUGUAAAUUUAUCGACAAAAUGCUUAAUAUUAGACAUGACUUUUCAUAGCUUGAUGCGUAUAAAAAGCGUUUUUACAGACCAUUUAUAGUUAUACCGUAUUAAAUAAAA